AUUAAUUGGCAUAUGUUUAUUGCGCCAGUGCUAAGGACCAGUUCAUCCGGGGCUAAAACUGCAACGUUGUCGCAGAGACUCAACGCCAUUGGCCGUUGCUAAUCGAAUACCAGCUACAUUGCAUCUGAUUGGUGGAUUCGAACGCCCUACUGGCGUUUAAUGUUGCACAGCUGAUCCUCGUUUUAAAGGGAAGGCGGGAGUGGGAACUGGGUCAAGUUAAAAAUACAGAGGACACAGGCGCAAGAUACGUGCUACUUCAUAACAAAGCAAGUAGGGUGGCCGGUAGUUCACUUCAUUAACGGGCAGUAGGCUAGAAUAGGUUUUAACGUUUCUUUUAUUUCUACGAAUUUCAUGCGGAAAACACAGUUCUUUAGAAUUUGGCUUGGACAUUGAGGUUACAGUCGAACAACAGGUGGAGAGCGUCUGGGGCACAGUCGUUGGGCAAUAUCUUCAAUUCGUAACAAUGUUUGAGAGAAGCAGUGAUGACCUGCCCAUGUUCCCCUACCAUGAGGGACGAGAUGACCUGUUCCCUAGGGAGCACUGCUCAGCUGGAGUUGGGGGAGGCAUGUCCCUGGCUGAGGCCCUCCUGCCCCUAGUGGAGUCUCCCUCCCAGAUCCCCUGGUUGUGCUCCACCCGCUAUAAGACGGAGCUGUGCAGUCGCUAUGCCGACACGGGCUUCUGCAAGUAUGCUGAGCGCUGCCAGUUUGCCCAUGGCCUCCACGACCUCCACGUGCAGUCCCGCCACCCCAAGUACAAGACGGAACUGUGCCGCACCUUCCACACGGCAGGCUACUGCGUCUAUGGCACCCGCUGCCUGUUCGCCCACACUGCCAAGGAACAGCGGCCCCCCCACCGCCGGCGCCGCAACAUCCCCUGCCGCACCUUCCGCUCAUUCGGUGUGUGCCCCUUUGGCACACGCUGCAACUUCCUGCACAUUGAGGGUGAUGGCGGCCUGGAGUCCCCAGGCAGCGCUCCUGAGAAGGCCCCCAUUGCCAGGCCCCAAUCACAAUCCCAGGACUGGAAGCCCCGCGGGGCCCUGUGCCGCACCUUUAGCUCCUUUGGCUUCUGCCUCUACGGCACCCGCUGCUGCUUCCAACAUGGCCUGCCGAGCAGCAUCCAGGGGGGUGCCCGCACCCAUCUGCUGUCCCUAGCUUCAGACAGGUUCUCAUCUCCCUGCUCCUCAUCCUCCUCCUCUCCACCAUCUGGACUGCCCUCCCCGGUCUGGCCUGAUGAUUCAUCCACCCCGCUGAACAACCCCGUGGCCCACAAUGCCUUCACCUUCUCCAGCCAGCUGAAUGAUGUGCUGCUGCCUCUGGCCCUCAGGCUCCAGCAGCUGGACAACAGCCAGGCCAUGGAGGCUGCCUGCAACAUGCAGGGUGUCUGGGGGAACAAGCUUUAGUCACUCGGCAAGAAUGGUAUUGUAACUAAUGUGAUGUAUAGCCAGCCUACUGUAUAUUGUGAUGGUUUGCUAUGAUCUUGGAAGCCAUAUGUAUUUUAAUAGGGGGGUGGUGCAAGUGUCUUUUGGGAUGUUCCAUGUGACGAUCUUCAAUGUUAGUUUGGAGAGACUGAUUACUGUCCUGCAUUACAAUUUGUAUGGCCUCAUUGGUGUUCUGACUGGUCCACUCAUUUUUUGUUUAUGUAGAUUAGGCCUUGUAACUGUACAUUUUAAUGAGGUUAUACAUGUUUAUUUAUGAGUUUUAACUUAAGUUUUUAUUUAUUGUGAUACUUCUGCCUUGAAUAAACCACAAUUUUUAA